UGAAUAUUCAAAUAUUUUGGUAUUUUCUGCCACUUAGAGUGUAGCUAUGGAGGAGGUUCAGCGUCAUUCAGUGCAUACAUUGGUGUUUCGCUCUUUAAAGCGAACCCACGAUUUCUUUGUAGCCAACCAAGCUUUACUUCCAGAGGUUGAUGAAAACCUAGAAAAAAUGAAAUAUUCCAUCAAAGCGCGCGAUAGUUACAAAUUAGUGUUUGAUCGAACCGCGAAAGCUAAAAAUGCUGUGAAGUGCGGUGAGACUGGGAGAUCUGAAACACUUGCUCAACCACCGCAAGAUAGCAUGUUGGCAAUUACAGCGGAAGGCGAAAUGGAUUAUAACUCGAGUAACCAAACGGCACUAGUUCCAGCUGCAGCUGCCGCUUCACAAAACGGAACAAACAGCCUACAAGUUUUACCGAAAAAGGCACCGACUAUCCCAAAACCCAAAUGGCAUGCUCCUUGGAAAUUGUAUCGUGUUAUAUCCGGCCAUUUAGGUUGGGUACGAUGUGUCGCAGUUGAACCAGGCAAUGAAUGGUUUGCUACAGGAGCAGCAGAUAGAGUAAUCAAAGUUUGGGACCUUGCAAGUGGUAAAUUGAAACUAUCUCUCACUGGUCAUGUUAGUACGGUUCGAGGAUUAUGCGUUAGUCCAAGACAUCCGUACCUAUUUAGCUGCGGAGAAGAUCGACAGGUAAAAUGUUGGGAUUUGGAGUACAAUAAAGUUAUUCGGCAUUACCAUGGGCAUUUGUCUGCCGUUUAUACUAUGGCGCUUCACCCUACUAUAGAUGUACUGGUAACAGCAGGUCGAGAUUCUACAGCUCGCGUCUGGGACAUGCGAACGAAAGUCAACGUUCAUACUUUAACUGGCCAUACGAACACGGUCGCAAGUGUUGUCUGUCAGGCUGCUAAUCCGCAGAUUAUCACAGGCAGUCACGACUCAACUGUUCGACUAUGGGACUUGGCAGCCGGAAAGAGUAUGUGCUCGUUGACCAAUCAUAAAAAAAGUGUUCGCAGUAUUGUCCUACAUCCAUCGUUAUACAUGUUUGCUUCUGCCUCGCCGGAUAAUAUUAAACAGUGGCGUUGUCCGGAAGGAAAUUUUAUUCAGAAUCUUAACGGCCACAACGCUUUAGUCAAUUGUAUGGCCGUCAAUCCGGAGGGUGUUCUGGUGUCUGGAGGAGAUAAUGGGACUAUGUUCUUUUGGGAUUGGCGUACUGGUUAUAACUUUCAGCGGUUUCAGGCUGCCGUUCAGCCAGGUUCAAUGGAUAGUGAGGCAGGAAUUUUUUCAAUGACCUUUGAUAUGUCAGGAUCAAGAUUGAUUACCACUGAAGCUGAUAAAACCAUAAAAAUCUAUAAAGAGGACGACGAAGCUUCCGAGGAAUCACAUCCUGUCAAUUGGCGACCAGAGAUAAUUAAGCGAAGAAAGUAUUAAUGAAAUCGGAAAGCACAAUAA